GUUCUUGAUUCAGCAGGAAGUCAAGAUGACUUCUCCUAUUCAUCGCAAUCACAGACGCUAGUUGAGGUCCAUACAAGCAGUGGAGGAAGGUCAUCAAAUGAAUCAAUAUGCCUGGAGAUACUCAGUAUGUUAAGACGUAGUUUUACUCAUCAAGAACCUGUCAGACUGACUUUAUAUGAGUCAUUGUCAAGCACAUUCAGUUCUAAUGCAAAGCUCUCAGGACACAUACUGGACCUCCUCCUGGAUCACUUCGCUAAGCAUUAUUAUGAAGAUGAUGAAGAUCUACUGCCGCCACUCAAACUCUCCUCCUGUAUAGCAAGGAAUGAGAGCAGUGACUCUUAUAUUAAAAGGGAGCCAUUGUCGGACUUAUUGAACUGCUUGCAGCUCUGUACUAAACAGUCCAUUGAAUGGGAGGAGAAGGGGGUGGAGCAAGUCAGUCAUCUCAAGAGAUUAAAGAAAAUCUUGCGGUCAAUCUCAAGACGUCUCUCCACGUGUGAUCUUGAUGAUUUUGAACUAGAUAAAUCAGGAGAUUACCUAAUGACAACAAGUGUUGGCUCCAAGAAUCAUUUAACAGCUGCUCUGCUACUGGAGAUAUAUGAGGUAGCACUGGAUUAUACUUUUAGUAUUGAAGGAGUCAGUGAUGCUUCCUGUAACCUGUUGCUCGAUUUAUUUGUCAAGUAUCAGUCAGUCCUUGAUGUACUGACAGAGAAAGGUGGUUCUGCUGGUAAGAAGAACCUCAUGAGAAGGAGACUGCUAUCAUCAUCAACCACCUUACUGUUCUUAAAAUCACUCUUCAG